AUGUCUAACAACUCUUCUCCAGUUAACAAAAUACCAGCUAAACAACCAUAUCCUUAUCAAUUCAGAAAACAACAUAUAUUUCUAGGAGGAAGUAUCGCUACAGGAAAAUCAACAUUAGGAAGUGCAAUUUAUAACUACAUCAGUAAUUAUACAGAAGUAAUAUUCAUAAGAGAAUACAUAGAUUAUGAUCCAUUUGGUGAAGAAAUGCUUAAGAAAUUAUUCAAUAAUGCUAUUACAAAUUAUGAAUUCCAGAAGUAUAUUUUACAAUGCUACGAAGACCAAUUAAAUUCACUCGAUUACGAAGAAGCAGACUUUGUUAUUUGGGAUAGACACCCUACGGAAUCUUUGGAGAUAUUUUGUAAUGAUGAUAAAAUGCUAACAAAUGAACAAAAAGAAAGAUUAAAAAUACAAAUAGAAUAUCUAUGCAAAAGAUAUCAGAUUCCAAGUAUUACAAAAAAUACAGUUAACAUGAUAAAGUUAGAUACAUCAUAUUUAGAUAUUAUUGAAUUAGAACAAUUAGUAUUAAGUGAUUAUAUUUGCUCUUUAUUAUUAGGAGAAAUUGAUACAGAUUAUUAUUUCCUUCUUUAUUGUAGUAAUAUUGAUAUACAAUUUAAAAGGCUUCUCAAUAGAAAUAGACAAUCAGAAACCAGUAGAUACAAAUACAAGGAACAUUUAUUACCACUUAAUAAUACUUAUAUGAACUUCUUUAUUAAACAACAAACAAGUAAAUCAACUUCUAAUUGA